AGAGGAAGGUGCAGCUGCUGCUGCUGCCGUUGGAGGCCCGCGUGGCCUGAAGAGCCUGCGGGCCUGCUGGGUCCUGGGCUCCUGGCAAGCUCAGUGAUGCUCGCCCAGUAGAGUCUGGGGGCCUGGCCCUGAGGGCGCCGCCAGCUGAAAUCUGCCUCUUGAGCUAGGCCUGGGUACUGGCAGGACGACCCGGACGGGGUGCUGGAGGAGCGCUGCUGGGCAGGGAGACCAGCCCCUGCGGGGAUCCCCCUCUUAGCCUCGGCUUGGACCUGAGAGGGCAAAACUCGAUCCUUAGGACCUUGACCAAGUAAAAUGAGGGAUGGCCUCAGCCAGUCCGUUUCAUCAAGUGUGAGUGCCAGGGUCACAGCCCAGGUCUGGCCCUGGAAGUGCAGAAAUGAAUCCCUCCACUUCCGGGAGCUCACCCUGCCUCGGGAGCCAGUCCUGAUCAUCCAAAGUGAGGUGACACCGUGAUGUAGUUUAGAAGUUUGCUAAUAAAGAUAUCACCAAAGAUUCGAAGCAUAAUCAUCUAGAGGAAAUGCUGGUAGUAUGGCUGUAUGUGUAUGUUCAAAACUCUCUACAGCAGACAGUCUUGUUUUAGGGGCUGUCCAGAUUAUGAUUGGCAUAUUUCAUGUUUUCAUGUGGUACUUCCUAUUGAUUUUGUAUAUGGGACAAAUUAGAGGAGUCUUUGGGACAUACGAACCUAUAACUUACAAAGCAGGAUGUCCUUUAUGGGGAGUCAUCUUUAUCAUUGCAGGAGUCUCCAUAAUAAGAGUAGCAAAGCAUCCAACUCCAGGCGUGAUUACAUUUGCUCUGAUCAUGAACAUCUCAUGCAUAAUGACUUCAGUUAUUGCAUCAGUUCUAACAAUAAUUGAGUUGUCUUCUUUUAAUUCGGUGUCAUAUAGGAAUUAUGGACAAGCGAAACUUGGAAGGGAAGUUUCACGUAUUUUACUGCUCUCUUACUCCUUUGAGAUUUCUGUUGCAUUAACAUACGCAAUCUUUGGCUGUAUUGGUUUGAGUCGUCGUAAUGAAGAUAGUCUCACAGCUGUCCCAGAGGAAUUUGAGAGUACUUUUUAAGAACCUUAAAAAUGUGAGAUUUUUCCUGGUGCUCAUACCUGCUGUGGGCCCUAAUGAUAUCUCUGUAUAACAAAAAGCUGCUACAAAGCCCACAGGUGUUGUGCAAAAGAAAAUACAAAACAAGUUGGAUUUUUUCUUCUCGGUAUUCAAGAAAUUUCUCUGCACAUACUUUUGUAGGCUCCAAGUGGAAAGCUUUUCCCUAUUUAAAUACGUUAUUAUGAGGGAAAAAUUAUUUUCUAGUACUCUGAACCUGUCAACCCCGUCUUAACUCUGAAGCUGUCACCUCUCCCUAAGAGAGCUUUCGUAAGAGACCAUAAAAAAGAUCUGUGAUUGUCUCUAGAGGGCAGGCUAUAAAGACUUGGUGAGUGAUACUACGUCAUUCUCAGGAAAACUUUAAAAUACAAGUAAAGAGUACAUUUCAGCAUGACUUCUUCUACCAGAACUAGCUUCUACUUGAACAAAGGAUGAAUCCAAAGUCAUCCGACUCAUAGUCCCUUCAUUGUUCCUCUUUGACUGUUCCUCUCCUCAUUAAAGUUCCUUCCUGCCCUGAAA